AUGGUAGAGUUUGCCAUCAACAACUCGGUGCAUGCGUCCACGACACAUACACCGUUUUACGUGAAUGGCUUGCGCCAUCCGCGUGUACCCACCUUACUAGAAAGUAACUCUGGUUUAAGGGGGGGAGGGACUCGCGCGAGCAAAAACCGAUUUGGUUCACGCUCAUCACGCUCUGACGAAGAGGUCAUUGCGUUUGAUGCCGAUAUCGAUAACAUCGAUUUCGAAGAAGUUGAUGCCAGUGAGAGUGCGGAAGCCCUCACUGAGGAAGAUGAUCCCAGUGAGAGUGAGGAAGCCCUCACUGAAGAAAAUGUUGAUGUUGCUGCAGUGCGCUCACAGCGCACUGAAGCUAACGAGUCAUCAGACGAGUUCAUACUGGCUCGUGAAACGGUAGUCCGUUUUGUGCAAGACUCCAUCGCCGAAGCGGUGACUUAG